AUGGAUAAUAAAAAAAACCAACACAAACCUGUUGAUUCUUUUAAGGAUUUGAUUGGUUCGAAAAAUGAUGUUUUUUUGGAAAAAGAAGACUCCAAAAGUGCUAAAUCUUCUGAUUCUGAUCCUUGGAUUGAUAGUUCUAGUUCUGCUGAUGAUGAUUCAGAUAUAGUGAACUCAGAAUGGUUUACUGAUGAUGGGCCAAUUGAUGCUAGGCCCAAAUAUGAUUUUGAAGUUAAGCCCAUUACUGAGCCCAAAUAUGAUUUUGAGGUUAAGUCCAUUGCUGAGUCCAAAUAUGAUUUUGAAGUUAAGCCCAUAAGGUCAAUUGAGCCCAAAUUUGAUUUCGAGGUUAAAUCCAUUAUAUCAGCUGGGCCCAAAUGUGAUUUUGAAGCCAAGCCCAUUGAAUCACUUGAGCCCAAGUGUGAUUUUGCAAGAGAAAAUGAAAAAAAUAAGCCUGUGCGGACACCUAAUGUGUUAAAAACUUACAAGGGUGCUGGACUACUCAACUUAGGGAACACAUGCUUUUUGAAUGUGGUAUUGCAAUGUUUCUUGCACACGGUGCCAUUGUUUGACCUCCUUCUGCAUACUCAUGUAGUGCCAUGUGAUAGUUUCUGUUUAAUUUGUGCUUUCAAAGAGCUUAUUGGCUUUUCAUUGGCUUAUGAGGCUUAUGACGGUUGUUCUGUCUCACCGUGGAGACUUGUUGAGAAUUUGAGUUAUUUUUCGUCUGGUUUCCAUAAGUAUCAGCAAGAAGAUGCUCAUGAAUUCUUGCAAUGCUUUCUCAAUAGGCUUGAAAGCCGAUGCAGUGACAUUGUUUUUGGCGGCCGGCUUGUUAGCAAGGUUCGUUGUUGCAACUGCGGCCACUACUCCAACACUUACGAGCCUCUUAUAGACGUGAGUUUGGAGAUCAAGGAUGCCAACAGCUUGCAUUCAGCGUUGGAGUCAUUCACAAGAGUUGAGAAACUUGACGAUCCAGAGAUCAAGUAUACUUGUGAAAGAUGUAAGGUGCAAGUCUCAAUCGAGAAGCAGUUGAUGCUAUACGAUGCCCCUUCUAUCGCUAUCAUUCAUUUGAAGAGGUUCCAGAAUGACGGCUCUGUUGUGGGGAAGGUUGACAAGCAUGUUUCAUUUCCACUGGAACUGGACUUGCUUCCUUACACCGAUAACAACCAAACCAACAAUGAACAAAUGAAGUACUAUCUUUAUGCAGUUAUAGUGCACGCCGGGUCUACAUCCAGUUCGGGACACUAUUACUGCUUCAUUUGUGCUGAACCAAAUGAAUGGUACAAAUUUGAUGACUCGACGAUUUCUUGGGUACACGAAGAUCUUGUUUUGGCAGAAGAAGCAUAUAUUAUGUUUUAUGCAAAGAGAGACACUCUGUGGUUUUCAGAUUUCGUUGCACUGGAAGUUAUCAACUCUUCAUAUUUUCAUGAACUCAAGAAAAUUGUGGAUAAUGAAUUGAAGAAGACUGUGCGAACAUCGUCUACUCCAGGACCGCCUAGUGUUAUUUACUCUUUGCUAGAAAACAACGCUUCUCAGGACAUCGAUCAGGUUGCUAGUGAAAAUCAAUGGCAGAUGGAUCCAGAGCAAGAAACGGAAAUGAUGAUGGCGUGUUCUAUGAUUAAGAGAAGAGUUCCAGGUCCAAGAGGUGAAGAACUCAUGAUUGCAUUACGCAAAUUAGGCAGCUGUGGAAGUUCUCAGAAUGAGAAAAGGCGAAAAAUGGAAAUUUAG